CCCUAAUUACCCGUUCUAUUUUAGCGUCCGGGUAACGUUUGAGGUUUGGGCUGGGAAGCCAGUCUCUCCAUCUUUCCCUUCCAGAUAAAGAUGUGAUUUUGCGUUCCAGUUGCGAGCGAAGAAGCAGAUUUCAAUCCUUACGCUAACUUCUCUGCACUUGUUCCUCUCCGAUCUCAUUCGAUUUCAGCAUAGUCGUAAAAAAGUUUUCAACUUUCGGGGGAGAUUAUUAUACUUCGUCCUGUAGACUGAAGAAUUUCUGGCAAAGCUCUGCAUAGCCAGUCAUGAAGGCACUGCUUCCAAUCGUACUACCCAAUCCCAACCAUCUCAUCUUCUCUCACUCCAAAUCCCCAAUUCACUCCCUGGGAUGCCAAAUCCGGCGAAAUCCAUUAACCAAAAUCUUAUCUUUCUCCCCCAGAAACAGCAUCCGUUCAAUGUCCGCUCCUCCUGCGACGGCGGCCGCCUACACAGUUCCCGGCCGGAGAUCCCCUUCUUCAUCUUCCCUCUAUUCUCGCCCAAGUUUGCUGGAAAUGAAGAAGGAGAGAGCUGAGAACCGAAGCAGAACCUACGAGUUCCUGCGCAGCAUCGGCAUUGUGCCCGACGAACUCGACGGCCUGGAGCUCCCGGUGACAGUCGAGGUAAUGAAGGAGCGCGUUGAUUUCCUCCAUUCCUUAGGCCUCACCAUUAAUGACAUCAACAACUAUCCUUUAGUCCUCGGUUGCAGCGUAAAGAAGAACAUGAUUCCUGUUCUCGACUACCUCAGCAAAUUGGGGGUUAGGAAAUCCACCUUCACCCAUUUCCUCCGGCGUUACCCGCAGGUUCUUCACUCCAGCGUCGUUGUUGAUCUAAUGCCUGUCGUUAAGUACCUCCAUGGAUUGGACAUAAAGCUCACAGACAUUCCCAGAGUCCUCGAAACAUACCCAGAGCUGCUCGGCUUCAAGCUGGAGGGGACGAUGAGCACUUCUGUGGCAUAUUUGAUUGGAAUUGGAUUGGAAAGGAGGAAACUUGGACAACUUCUUACUCUCUAUCCACAAGUUCUGGGCAUGCGGGUGGGGAGAAUUAUCAAACCUUUUGUAGAGUAUCUUCAGUCUCUUGGUUUGUCUAAGCUGGCUGUGGCAAGACUGGUUCAGAAUAGUCCUCACAUACUCGGUUUCAGCUUGGAGGAGAAAGUGAAGCCUAAUGUGGCAGCUCUCAUGGAGUUUGGUGUGAGGGAAGUAGCAGUGAGCUCAGUCAUAGCUCAGUAUCCUGAAUUGUUGGGGACUGAGUUGAGGGAGAGGUUGCUCGAUCAACGAAGCUUUUUUGAGUCGAAUAUGCUCACAAACCGCGACGAGUUUGGGAGGAUCAUCGAGAGAAUGCCUCAGGCUGUUAUGCUUGGCAGUAAGGUUAUAGUGAAGCAUGUUGAUUUUCUGAAAAAAUGUGGAUUUUCUUUGGAGAAGAUGAGGAAGAUGAUCGUUGGAUGCCCACAAUUGCUUGCUUUGGAGUUGGAUGUGAUGAGAGUGAGCUUUGAGUACUUUCAGACGGAGAUGGAGAGGGAUUUGGACGAGUUGGUGGAGUUUCCUGCCUUCUUCACUUAUGGGAUUGAGUCGACGGUAAAGCCGCGUAAUACGAUGAUUGCGAAGAAGGGAUUGAAGUGUUCUUUGGCAUGGAUGCUUGCUUGCAGUGAUUCUAAGUUUGAGGAGCGAAUGAAAUAUGAAUCUAUUGGAAUGGAGGAAAUGGAAAUUCAGCCAUGUUUGAGCAUGGAAUCUUUGUUGGAGAUGAGGGAGGAACAAGAAGAUGAGUAUGAAGAAAAUGAUUCUGAUGCAGACUAUGAUGAUGAGAGUGAGGAUGAUGAAUUUAUGUGAUUUUAUAUGAAGGUGUGUUUUCUUAGAAGUUAUUUUGUCUAUUAUUGUUUCUACUUUUUCAUUUAGAAGGGGAAGGAUUUUUUAUUUUA